CGGCGGGCGACAGGGGCGGGGCGUGACACGGAGGGGUGGCCUGUGCCCGGAUGGAGGCGUUCGCCAUUCGUACAGCGCCGCCAGCCGCCGAGGGCGCCCCACAGCUGCCGCCAUGAGGCUCUUAUCCCGCCUGCUGCUGCUCGUGCUCCUGGCCUUCCCUGCCGCCCUCCUGCUCGGCGGCGCCCGCGGCUCAGGUUCAAGCUUGCUAGUGGCAGCUCAAGAUGCUACAGAGGAUGAAGAAGCAGUGGAAGAUACUGUAGUUGAAGAUGAAGAUGAUGAAGCUGAAGUUGAAGAAGAUGAGCCGACAGAUUUGACAGAAGAAAAAGAGGAAGAAGACUUAUCAGGAGAACCUAAAGCCUCACCUAGUGCUGAUACAACAAUCUUAUUUGUGAAAGGUGAAGAUUUCCCAGCAAACAAUAUUGUGAAGUUUCUGGUAGGCUUCACCAAUAAGGGUACAGAGGAUUUUAUUGUUGAGUCUCUUGAUGCAUCUUUUCGGUACCCCCAAGACUACCAGUUUUACAUACAGAAUUUCACAGCUCUUCCUCUGAACACAGUGGUUCCACCACAGAGGCAGGCCACAUUUGAGUACUCUUUCAUCCCUGCAGAGCCGAUGGGUGGCCGUCCAUUUGGACUAGUUAUCAAUCUGAACUACAGAGAUUUGAACGGUAAUGUGUUCCAAGAUGCUGUCUUCAAUCAAACAGUUACAAUUAUUGAGAGAGAAGAUGGACUCGAUGGAGAAACGAUCUUCAUGUACAUGUUCCUUGCUGGUCUUGGCCUCCUUGUCGUUAUUGGUCUGCAUCAACUGUUAGAAUCUAGGAAGCGGAAGAGACCAGUACAGAAAGUAGAGAUGGGAACAUCAAAUCAAAAUGAUGUUGACAUGAGCUGGAUCCCUCAAGAAACUUUAAAUCAGAUCAAUAAAGCCUCACCAAGACGACUGCCUCGUAAAAGGGCACAGAAGAGAUCGGUGGGAUCUGAUGAGUAAAUGUUAAUUAGUACCACAAUUCGGCCUUUACUAAUCCUGCCCUUUUUUUCUUUUCUUUUUUCUUUUUUUUUCUUUUUUUUUGGAUUGGAGCAGUGCAGAGAAUUCAUAUCAACAUGAGGAAAAUAUUGAACAUUUGGACUGAGCAAUCUUGCUUACUCGGGCUAACUUGAAAAUGCACUUCUCUUUUUUAUAACAGAAUUUCUGAAGGGGUUUUAACCAUUACAAUCUGUGUGACUGUGCGUGUAAGCAGUUUGUCUCAACAGAAUCAUUGUGCAACCUGAAAUGUGCCUUUAGAGUCCUACGUAGCAUCAUCUGCAUGCACCUUUGAAGUUUCUGAUGUACCAGAAACCCAAAUAUGUAGUUGCUUAAACUGUUCUGAUUGUAUAAGGAAGUCUUUAUGCAUUUUAGCAUUUAGCAUCCUAAGCUAUUAACUUCAUUCUUUGCUACACACAGCUACCUAAGAUUUUGUGUGUGUAUGUGCUCCUACUUCAGUGGUAUACGCUGAUUAUCUAGAUAUGUGUGUAGCUAGUAUUCUAAAGGCACAAGCAGGUAUAACUGCUCUUAGCAGUACUUUUUUGCUACUGUUUAAUAGCACACUGAGAGCCAAUAAGAUAAAUGCAUUUGCAUAGCUGUUAGGGGGCCUUUUACAGCAGAAAAAUUUGUGAAGCAUGGAAUCUGUGUGAUGAUUUGGUAUGUAAUUUAAAAGACUUGGGGUGGCUUUUUUUGCUUUGUUUUGUUUUUUACAACAGAAAUAUUUCAUUGUUUAAAUAGUUGGUUAUUGACUUGUCAACAGUUCUGAUGCUCCUAACAAUAGAGGCAGUUUUGGAAUGUUUUCUCAACAGAAAAUGUUUAGGGUACCCAUUCUUUUUUGUUUGUUUUGUCUUUUCGGAUUGGGGGGGUGGGGGUUAACUUUUUCACUCUCUAAGUAGAAAAAUCAUGGAUAGCAAAAUGCAUUGUGUCCACUGUAAUUUGGAAAACAAGAGAUUUGUCUUUAAAGCAUUAUAUAUUGGGUAGGGAUUCAUGACUUUCUGUACAGUAAAGACCUUUUGUAAAACAUC